AUGUGGCGCAUGCGUGGUGGCGCCACCAGGCGCGGGAGCUGCAGCGGCGGAGUCGGCGGCGGCGACAGUCGCGGACAAGGUCACCCGGGCCGGCCUCGCGGGGGCGGCGGUAGCGGCGGCGUGGGCUGGCGAGGCCGAGCGGGCGGCGCCCGACAGCAGCUGGAAGAGCGGUUCGCGGACCUGGCGGUGAGCCACCUGGAGGCCAUCCGCGCGCGGGACGAGCGGGACAAGCAGAACGCGCGGUUGCGCGAAGAGAACGCCCGGCUACGACUCGAGAACCGGCGACUAAAACGCGAAAACCGCAGCCUCUUCCGCCAGGCCCUGCUGCUCCCCGGAGAGGGCGGCAACGGGGCCCCCGAGGAGGCAACGGAAGCGGCCCUGAGCCCCGAGGCGGCCGGCGCGAACCGGAGGGCGAGAGGUGGUGGCCCUGAGGACGAGCCAGACAGCCCCAGGGCCUUGAGGGCCCGGUUGGAGAAACUGGAGGCCAUGUACCGCCGGGCCCUGCUUCAGCUGCACCUCGAACAACGGGGGCCGCGCCGUGGGGACAAUGAGGAGUGCCCACAGCGAGAAGCCGAAUCUGAGCUCCAAGCGCCCGACCUGGAGUCCCCCAAGCCCUGGCUGUAG